AUGAGCACAGCGACGCUUCAGACGCCGCAGCAACAGCAGCCGCCGCGCGCGGCUUCCGUUCAAGGUCAUAGGCAGUUCCUGCGCACCAGCAAUCCUCACAACACACGAAGCGCGUCUCAUCCCCAUCCCAGCCGCCAGCACGAAAAAGACCAGAUCCAGAAACAUGCUGAUCCGGCCCGAUCUAAGGAGGUCAUGCCUCCAGAGGAGGUCUCCAGGCUGCCAGAAGAGAAGGGCCUGGGCAAGUCGUCGGCUUCCUUGAAGCUCUCAGACUUCGAGCUGAUGAGGACGCUUGGGACUGGCACGUUUGCACGAGUCUGGCUAUGUCGCUUUGCCAAUGCUCAACCGGACGAGAGGAACAGAGUUUUCGCGCUCAAGGUACUCAAAAAAGUUGACGUGAUCAAACUCAAACAAGUCGAGCAUGUCCGGAACGAGAAAGACGUCCUUGCCGCCGUGGCCGGCCACCCAUUCAUCACGACCCUAGUCAGUACCUUCUCUGACGAUACCUCGUUGUAUAUGUUGCUGGACUACACGCCUGGCGGAGAGAUCUUUUCGUACCUCAGGCGCGCCCGCCGCUUUCCUUUCUCGACGGUCCAGUUCUACGCCGCCGAAAUCACCCUGAUUUUGGCUUACCUCCACGAGGUUCAGUUCGUGGCAUACCGCGAUCUGAAACCGGAAAACAUCCUGCUCGACGUAGAUGGACACCUGAAACUGGUUGAUUUCGGUUUCGCCAAAUACCUUCCGCCCGCGUCCGAAUCAUCCUCUGAGAACGGUAACGGUCAGAGCACCACUCUCCAAAAACUAGGUACCGAACACCCCGAACCGCAAGCCAACGGCGCCGGCGUCACCUACACCCUCUGCGGUACCCCGGAAUACCUCGCCCCAGAGGUGAUACGCAACACCGGCCACGGCACCGCGGUCGACUGGUGGGCGCUGGGAAUCCUGGUCUAUGAAAUGCUCAUCGGCCAACCCCCUUUCUGGGACCAAAACCCCAUGCGCAUCUACGAGCAGAUUGUGGCAGGCCACAUCCGCUUCCCGACCUCGCAUCCAUCGCAGCAGGGCCACCGCCAUAGUCUCCAUGUGCCUCGUGCGGCGAGAGAUUUCAUCCUCGCGCUGUGCAAGACUGAUCCGACACAGCGGCUGGGCCACAUUGCUGGGGGUAGCAAGCGGGUGAUGUCCCAUUACUUCUUUGAUGGCGUCGACUGGGAUGAAAUUUACUAUCGCAAACGCAGAGGUCCCAUCAUCCCUAGAGUGGAGUGGGAAGGCGAUGCCGGCAAUUUCGACGAGUAUCCGGAUCCCGUGGAGGGAGAGGAGAGUGAGGGCGGCCGCGGACGGUAUACGGACGAGUUACGAGCCGAGUGGGAGGAGGCUUUCAAGGACUUUUAA